UGUACAGUUGUAUUAAACCCUCGUUUCCCGCAGUCACCUCUCAGUUACAACAUUCGCAAUGACACUUGCGAAUAGCUAAUUAUUUCAUAUGUGAUUAAUCAAAUCAAUUAAAUUGUCAUAAAGAUUUAAUGUGUAGAUAUUUGUAAAGAAUAGAAGUGAAGAAAUUCGGUGUAAAAAUGGUGGUGAAAACGAAUACUAAAACCUUCGAGGAGGCUUUAUACAUGACUGGUUUCGGAAGGUUCAACUGCUUGAUGAUGUUAGUAAAUAUUAGCGUGAUCUUGGCCAUGGCAUUUGAAGUUGUCUCCGUGGCGUACUUGGUGCCAGCCAGCGCUUGUGAACUGAAAACAACGAACGCUCAACAGGGACUGAUGGCGGGAAUACCGCUGAUGGGAAUAAUCGCGACGUCCCAUUUCUGGGGAUACCUGGCUGAUACACGAGGUAGAAGGAAGAUACUCAUUGUGUGCAUGUCAUUGGGUUUCUUGGCCGGGUCUUUGUCAGCAUUAUCACCCAACUGGAUCAUGUUUAGCGUUUUAAAGUUUUUGUCUUCUUGCGCAGUAUCCGGGACAUACGCUUUAGCCUUAACAUUACUUAGCGAGUGUACUCCACAUCACAAAAGAUCCAUAAUGGUAGCACUCACCAGCACCAUUUAUCUCACUUCCACGGGAAUAAUGGCAGUGCUAACAAUACCCGUGCUGCACCUGGACAUGGCUUACCCGAUACCAUAUCUUAAUAUAGAUUUUAUCCCGUGGCGUCUCCUGACUUUGGUUUUCGCUUUCCCAUGUGCGUUCGCCGCCUUAGCUUUGUACUUCGCCUUCGAGAGUCCCAGGUUCUUACUUCGGAUCGGAGAGGAGGAAAAGGCUUUGAAUAUUAUAAAAAGCAUAUUUUCAAUUAAUAGUGGAAAGAGCGGUGAUGAUUUCAAUGUGGACUCAUUAAUUUUAGGUGAGGACGCUGGCAAGUUUGUAAAAGGUAUGUGGGCAUCGCUAGCUGCUCAAACAAUUCCGCUGUUGAAACCUCCCCUUUUGAAAAAUACACUGUUGUUAGGAGUUUUGUUCACUAUAAUUUAUUUUGCUUUGAAUUCUGUGUUAGUUUGGCUGCCUUUUAUAGCGGAUGCCAUGAUGAAAUCUAUUGAAAAGGGAGAUAUCAAUUUGACCAUCUGUGACAUGAUUCGUCGAGUACAGAAUACACCGAUAGAAGACGUCAAUCAGGACUGCGCCCUCAACGAGUUCGGCAUGAUCUCAGUGUUUAUAAUAAGUGUUAUGAUAGCGACUUUCAAUGUUGUUCUCAGCACACUUAUCAACAAAAUGGGCAGAAAACGUCUCCUGGUUUGUGUACAGUUAAUAGCUGGCGUGGCGGGUGUAUGUGUGAAUGCAAGUAGAAUGUGGACUGUGAGCGGCGCUUGCCUCAUCGUGUUUCUGGCUGGAGUUCUUAACUUCGGAUUCCUUUCAACCUUCAGCGUGGAUAUCUUCCCUACUUCUGUCAAAGCUAUGGCUGUAUGUCUCACGCUGAUGGUGGGACGAGGCAGCUCAGUGCUUGGUAUCAGUAUUCUUAAGAACAUGUUUGUGACGAACUGCGAAUUGGCCUUUUAUCUUUUUGGAGGUCUCACUGUAGUUGGCGGUCUGAUCGGAUUCCUGUUGCCAAGCGAUGUCAAAAUGGUCAAAAAUCACAAAGAGGACACCAAGCAAGAGACUUAAGAAGAAAACUUUUAAAUUCUUUCUCUACUUGCACCAGGCACGUACGGGAAAUGAUUUAUGUCGGUUUGAGGUGCCUGUAUUAUAUUCCCUAUGGUGAUAUUUUCUCAAAACGCAGUUCAAAGGUUAAGUUAAGGCGAAUAUUAAUAAUAUUCUUAUUACCAAAGACGCCGAUUGAUAUUUUUGCUACUUAGACAAUUGUGUAUGACCCGUAAUGAUAGGACGUUGCAACAAAUAAACAUUCACAAAUCUAUUUUUUUUUUGUUUAAAAAGAUUUAUUUUAUAACAGUUAGUGCUUAUUUUUAAUUAAAAAAAACUAUAUAUGAAUUGUGAUAGACAUACCAUAAUAGAAUAUAAUAUUAAAAUGUUUUUGUUUGUCAUAUUUUUAAUGGAAAAGCAAUAAUUAUUGCGAUAGGUCCAUGGAGGUUUUACUAUAAAAUAUUUGAAGAACAAUUAAUAACAUAUAUGUUUGUUUUUUAUGUUUUAAAAGA